UUGCAGCACCAGUGGCCUCAUGAAUAUUCAUUUCGUCUCCACUGUGGGAGUUGACCUGACUCCACUUGUGCUUAAAUGGCCCAGUUCGCCUGUUGUCUCUCUGCCUGGGAAUUCCCGAUCAGACCGAACACUGAGGAACUUGCGGCUCCUUCAAAACCAAACAAGUUGCACAAAUAUGCAAACCAUUGGUGAGAUCAUCCCAUUCGCUAAGGAGGUGCUGAACCAGAGGCCCAACUGGGGCAUGGUGAAGAUCUACACGCUGGGCUCCACCCUGGCGAUGCUGGGAUUGGUCAGUGGACUGGUGGAGACGGUUUUGCUGCCGUUUGCGGAGCAGGAGCCGGCAGAGGACGCACCGGUGGAGCUGGUGAAGGAGAAGAGGGAGGACAGGGAGGUGUGGAAGUCACACACCACCUUCCUUUGCCUGGAAGUGGUGGAUGUGCUGGAGACGGUUGUGUUGGAGGCCCGGGUCAAACUUCUGGUGUCUCAGCCUCCUGCUUUUAUGCUUCAUAAAGAAACUCUGGUCUCCUGAUGUGAAUAGACACUGAAUUUACAACGUUUGAUGCCCGAGGUGGUGAAUAAAUCAUCGUGUUAAACUGG